ACGGUGACUCGCCGCGAGUUCGGAAAGCGCGCCCGGUUGGAGAGGGGCGAGCAGUGGCGAGAUCGAGCGAGAAGCGAAGAUGGCGGUGUACGAGUUGCUGUACUUUUGGUUUCGCCGACGACGGCGUCUUUUCACGCACGUCGACGCGUUUGUUAUGAACGACGACGAGUUCCGCCGGCACUACCGAUUGUCUAAGAACAUCGUGCGGUGGCUCUGCGACGAACUUCGAAACGACGCGGCCUUGAGGCGGCAGCGAUGCCCAAGGACGGUGAUGACGGUGGAGCAGCAGGUGCUUUGUGCGCUGCGAUUCUACGCCACUGGAAGCUACCAGGGACAAGUGGCCAGCGACCGGCACCUCGCUGUUCGCCAGACCACGGUCAGCGCAUGUGUUCGCGCCGUGUCUACGGCCAUCGUGCGCCGCCUCGGUCCCCGGUGGAUCGCCUUCCCCCAGACCGCGGAGGAACGGGCGGCGGCGCAAGAAGCCUUCCUUCGUCGCGGUUCCUUGCCCGGAGUCGUCGGGUGCGGCGACGGCACCUUCGUCGCAAUGAAGGGACCCUCCAAGGACGACCCUACCGUGACAAAGGCGCUCUACCGUUGUGUAAAACUGUACUACGCCCUGAACGUCAUGGUGGUAAGUGCAAUAUAUUUUACAGUUCGCGCUCAUCCCAGACUCACACGAAGUGAAUACGAAAUCGUAUUUACACCGAUAGAGUUAGGUCUCGUAUAA